GAGGCCGAACUUCCUGAGCGGCAUCAGAAGCCAAACCCUCAGCUUCACUCACCGCUGUCACUCCGCAGCCUCACACGUGGUCCGCAGGGCGGGCGCAUCUCCGCCACUUCAGCGUGCGGCGUUAAGGGACGCAAACAAUUGGAGCGCGCUGGUAGUUGCCGCUGCGCAUCUGUGUAGGAUACUCCUCAACCGGAAGCAACGACCUGUGAGUGGAAAAAGUGCCUCUCCCCAUCCCAGCUCCCGUCCUCUCCGCUUUUUUUCGGGAUCGCGCUCAUUUGCGGCUGCUGCGCAACUAAUUUAAGACUAAUUUAACACCGCGCGCUCCAUCCGCACAGCCCGAUUAGUUGUCGCACGGCUACACCGACUACGUUAACCUGGUCCUUUUAUUCCCACCAAGACGUCGGAGCAGGAUUUCAGCAUGGAUACUGCCCGUGACAGCGUCGGGGAGAGGAAGCCGGUGUGUCAGUGCAGCCCGAAGCCCGCCGUCCACCGGUGGGCGCCGGGCUUCCCCAUCGCGCUGUGCCUGCUCAUGUCCAUGAGCUCCAUCACCGUGUGCCUCCUCAUGAGCUUCAGGACCUUCCAGCUGGAGAACCGACUUCAGAUGGAAAUGGGCAAAGCGUCCGUCUUCCACCCGCCGCACACGGCUUGUCUGAACGAGGAUGGGACCCUAAUUCCCGAGCUGAGAACUUCAGUAGGGCAGCUCGUGAAAGAGACAGUGACUGGGCUGAUGCCGAAAAUGCGGACGGCGAGGGAUGUUGUGUCAGAGUGCUCCUGUCCUGCAGGGCCUCCAGGAAAGCGCGGCAGGAUCGGGAGACGCGGGGAACCCGGACCACCGGGCAAAGCUGGACGCGAUGGAUACCCGGGUCCUCUGGGCUUGGAUGGAAAACCAGGUUUGCCAGGUCCCAAGGGAAGCCAGGGACCAGCUGGACCCAAGGGAGAAAAGGGUGACCAAGGUGACAUAGGGCCAAGGAUGGUCUUUCCUCAUUAUGAUCACGGUUUUCUGUCUGGAGAGCAGUCCAGCAGCUUUCAGAGGCGCAUUCUGAAGGGUGAUCAGGGCCAGGCUGGACCUGCUGGGCCUCCCGGUCCCCCAGGUCCUCCUGGACCACGAGGACCCCCUGGGAACACGGGCAAGGAUGGGCCCCGAGGCCCUGCUGGAGAGCCGGGUUUUCCAGGCCGCGAUGGCGUUGAGGGACCACAGGGAAUGUCUGGGAAGCCGGGAGAAGAUGGCGAGCCUGGCCAUCCAGGGCCUCAGGGUCCUCCAGGAGAAAAGGGUGAACCAGGAAUGGGGGUAAAGGGAGAGAGAGGCACAGAUGGGCUUCCUGGAUUAAAGGGGGACAAAGGGGAAAUUGGGGAGCAAGGACCACAGGGGCCAGUGGGUUAUCCUGGUGAAAAAGGUGCCACAGGUACCUCAGACAUCAUCGACUUCAAUGGCAAACUUCUGGAUGCAUUUCAGGCCAUCAGCACCAUCAGUGUCUCGGGUCCACCUGGGCCACCUGGACCCCUAGGACCUCCAGGGGAAAAGGGUGAGAUGGGUUUACCUGGACCAGCAGGAGUCGAUGGAGAAAAGGGACCCAAAGGUGACAUGGGUGCGACAGGACCAUCAGGCGACAGAGGGGAGAAGGGAGAGAUGGGACUCUCUGGGCCUUCUGGUAUGGACGGACAGAAAGGAGACAAAGGCGACUGCAGACUGGACGACAACCUGGUUCAAAUGAUUUCCCAACCGGGUCCACCUGGCCCACCUGGCCCACCAGGAGUUCCUGGGUCUCCUGGAUCCAUGGGGCUUCACGGGAUGCCUGGCCCUAAGGGUGAGCCUGGUUUCGGAGUAAAAGGAGAGAAGGGAGAAGAUGGUGCUCCUGGACCGAGGGGGCUGGACGGCCACCAGGGUCCUACUGGACCUGCAGGGUUAGUAGGUCUGCCAGGAGCAAAGGGAGAAAAGGGCAGACCAGGGGAGCCUGGAUUAGAUGGUUUCCCCGGACUGAUGGGAGAUAAAGGUGACAGAGGGGAAAGAGGAGAGAAGGGUGACAGGGGAACGAUGGGGAAGCGAGGCCUCAAGGGACAGAAGGGAGAGCAGGGUCCUCCAGGCCUGGACCAGCCUUGUCCUGUGGGUUGUGAUGAGACUAAAGGUCAUUCUGUGGAGACAGGGCUCCCUUCCUUUGCGCCUCCUCCUCUUCCUCCUUCGGGCCCUGAGGCCCCCUGUCCUGUGGGACAGGAUGGGCUGCCCAUACCAGGCUGCUGGCACAAGGAGAACAUGACAAGGCAGAAACUCAAACGCAAGCGUCUCUCUCAGCCUUGAAGGCGCCUGAGGCCUGAUGGAGAAAGGACGCGUUGACCAGAGGCGAGCGCAACCCGAGGAGCAACCUGGCCUUUAUGAAGCAAAGCAAGUCAUGUGACGCCUCAGUGUCAUACUGAACACUCAGAUCCUCUGUCACGGGGGCAACGGAGAACACUGUGUUUCCACUUUCACCUAAGGCAGGAAGAAUAAUUUGUGGCUGCUGAUGUUACGCAACAGCCUGAUACCAGUCGAAGUUAUUUGGAAGUCACUGACGUCACUGGCACAUAAGGAAGGAUUUACUGCGCGGAUAAACAGAAAAUGUUAUGAUGAUCUCUUGUAUAGUUCUUUUGUUAAGGUGUUUAACUAAUGAAAUGCAUGAUCAUAACAAGGCUCAGCAUUGUUUAGUAUCCCGACAGCUGUGCUCGCUCACUGAAACCUCAAAGACAUAAAUUCGUCGCUAACAGUCUUUCCAGCUGAACAAGCCACUCACAGUCAAUGAGAGACCCUGCAUUUGUUUUUAUUCUGCUAUAUUCUUACCUAAUUAUGUCCAGUAUCAUUUUGCAUUCCUGUGCAUUGACACGUUUUUGGAAUAAUUCAAGGCCAGAUUUGAAGGAACCAUUUACAGUAUUUGAACUAUGGGGCUGAUCAGCCCCCGACAUUAGACUAGUUGCGUUUGAACUGCAUUAACAAUCAGAGUGACUGAUCAUUACUUCUCAUGUGUGAAAUGCUGUUGCCAGUUUCUCUGGGUUGCAGUGUAAUUUCUUGCUUCUGACUAAACUGUGUUUGUUUGAUAGUGAACCGACUAAAGGACUAACAGACAGACAGAAAUGAAGCAAACACAAGCGUCUUUUAAGUCAAAUCAAGUAUUAAACAUUUUGUGUGUGUUUUUUUAGUUAUCGCAAUCAUUUUUAUCUGUGUUUGUCAGUCUUUGUAAUGCAGUUCUCUCAGAUGGAGCACGUUCUUGGUGGUAAAAAAAAAACUUUGCAUUUUAAUGCAAAUAAUAGUUGCAUCAGAAAUGUAGAAAAGAGGAUUAAAUUGAUUGUUAAUGUUUUCACUGACUGAAAAUGAAUGAUCUGAUGAUGUUACAUUUUCUCAGACGACAUCUGCAUAUACUGCAUUGAUAUUUGUGUGACUUUUUGAGUUCUUCCAAUGACAAUAUACGCAUUCAGGUUGAUAAAAAGAUAUGACAGCCUUUUUUUGGUUAACUGAAACAUAAACAUUCAGAAUGUUUUGUCAAAUGAUUAUCAUCAGCCACCAUCAACUUCCAGACUACUAAUAGUGUUAGUGUUGGCAUCGCUUGAUGCUCAAAGCAACAGGCAGCUCCUUAAUGGAGAUUUAGAACAAAAGUGAAUAAGUGGUCUUUGUCGGUAAGAUAAACUUGCCUAAAGGUCACUGCAGUAAGAAGUAAACCAUGUCAACAAAUCAGUGCAUUAGUACUGAUGACCUCACUCUUAAAUAUAUGACCUGGUAUUUUUCAGUAGUGGUGAUGGUGAGGACAUACAGUGUCUGUGCAGCAGUACUUCGGUAGCAGCUGAUGAUACUCAACUAUGGACACUUUUAUUUUUGAGAUCUUUUUACAUUGUACCUGCAAAGCACCACUUUUGAUUUAUUGACAUUAAUGGGAUGAAGUGAAUGUGAUCAACUUGUCUGAAGCAUUUUGUAGACAUGAUCAAUAGAUCACCCACCUAUUCCUCCUAUACAUUCUGUAUGAACCCAAAGGUACUCUGAUAGGUUUCUAGGUUUACUGAAGCCUAUAGUAGAGUUGCAUAUCACCGUAUACAGCUUAUUGUUUUACAAUGGUAUGUUAAAAGCAUAAUAGUUUCAUUACCAACCAAGCAGAUCUUGGUAUUAUUACUAGAAACUGAUGGUUAUCUGUCACUUAACAUCAUUGUAUGUCCUUUUAUUUCUUUUGCGGAGUCUAUCAGUUUAAGUUUAGACUUAAUGCAGUCAGUAAAUAGCACAGUGGCUGAGCGCAGAACCGUGUGGAGAUUUAGAAAGUCAUGUAUUGCAGUAUUACAGUAGUAGUGCAGUAGUUUGACUUUCUGAGGAUGUUUUUUUGGUUGUAAAGGAAUUAAGCUAUUUUUGUAAUUACUUAAGUAUGUAUAACGUGAAAUCUGGUGAACUAAACAUGUAGACCUAAAUAAACGCUCCAGUUUUAUGGU